CAGCUUCAGGAAGUAGUGCGGAGAAUCCCUGCGGCGCAACGUGAUGUAUUUCUGACUCGCAGUACGCCCCACGAAAAGUCUUUGUAAGUCGCCUACAGAACCUUGUUUUCUGCCGUGAGAAAAAAAAAAGCGUACACUUCGUUCUUCACCGGCUGAACGCCUAAAAUUUACCAGUCGCGGGCAGCGAAUCAAACGUGCUCUAUUUUCAUCAGCGUAGUAGUACUUAGCUCACCUCUCGCGCAGCGUUCGACGUCUGGUGCAGAGAAAAUGAUGUCAGGUUAGAAAGUGGCUGUCGUUCCUUUCUUCGAGACAGAGAAAUGCCGACGUUUCUCGAUAUUUGGUGAUCUUCAAGUUACGAACCCAGCCUGGAGCCAAGCAUGCCGGCGGUACUGUUGGAUCGGUUGCCCCUGCCGAGCUUGCAGGCGUACACGGUCAUAAGCGUCUUGCUGCUAUCGGGAUCUGUUUAUUAUGCUGUUCAAGUCACCUCACAGCUGGAAUGGAAGAUCAACGCGACGUUCAACUUUGACUUCACUACGGAUAUUGAUACCACGAUGACUGUGGGUAACCUUACUUUUGUGAGCAACCAUCAGCUUACGCUUGAACAGUUUCUGUUAGAGCAUCACUGCAUACGGCGGCUGCUGGAGAUCGUUUACUUCAUGUUUCAAGAACCACUCUGCGUAUGGACUCUGAUCAACAUGGCCUAUUGCUGCCUGAUCCUGAUUGGCAAAGUCAUACAGAAGCUUGUGUUUGGUGAGCUUCGUGUCUCUGAGCAGCAGCACAUGAAAGACAAGUUCUGGAACUUCGUCUUCUACAAAUUUAUCUUCAUUUUUGGUGUGAUGAACGUUCAGUACAUGGAUGAAGUGGUUCUCUGGUGCAGCUGGUUUUCUGUCCUGGGUUUCCUCCACCUGCUGGCUCAGCUUUGCAAGGAUCGAUUUGAAUAUCUAUCAUUUUCACCAACCACACCAAAGUUGACACACAUACGCCUGCUUGCACUGCUGUGUGGCAUCCUGAUCCUUUCAUUAGGCCUCUUUGCAGUUUGUGUUGUGGUGGGCUUACAUGCAGGUGCCAACACAUUUGCUUUUAUGGCCGCUGAGUGUUCACUCGUCACAGUACGAACAUUGUACGUGAUAGUGAGGUAUGGGAUCCACCUAUGGGAUAUCCACUGUGACAAAGUGUGGGAAAAUCGUGCUGCGUAUGUGUAUUAUGCCGAGCUCUGCUUUGAGUUGACAGCCCUUGCCAUCGAUUUCUGUCAUGAUCUCCACAUGCUGCUCUGGGGAAACAUUUUCCUUUCGAUGGCCAGCUUGGUGAUCCUGAUGCAACUUCGGUAUCUGUUCUAUGAAAUCCAGAGACGUGUCAAAAAACACAAGAACUACUUGAGGGUUGUGAAGCACAUGGAAGCCAACUAUCCAAUGGCUACAACGGAUGAAUUGGAAAAAAAUAGUGACGAUUGUGCAAUCUGCUGGGACCACAUGGAGUCUGCAAGAAAACUUCCUUGUGGCCAUCUCUUCCACAACUCCUGCCUUCGAUCAUGGUUAGAGCAGGACACAUCGUGCCCAACAUGCCGAAUGUCCCUGUCUGAACCAGGAGGAGCCCUGGCUGGAGAGAGCCUACGAGAUGAGGGUCGCAACACAGCAUUGCUGUUGGGGGCUCUCGGAGGUCAAGAAGAUGCCCCAAGGCAUCAACAAAAUGCUACCACAAACCACUUUUUCCACUUUGAUGGUUCACGCUACGUGAGUUGGCUUCCCAGCUUUUCUGUAGAGGUCACACAUACCAACCUCCUUGGCGGACAGCCACCGCCUCCAGUACAGACCUCACAGCUUGACAACAUGGCUCGCCAGGUGCAACAGAUGUUCCCAGGCAUGCCAUUAAACACCAUUGUCGAAGACCUGCGGAGCACUCGGUCUGUGGAGCUUACAAUUGAAAACAUUCUAGAUGAACGCCUCGUAGCACCUCCUACAUCCAUGUAUCAAACUGCUGUGCCAAGAAACAGUCGAGGCACAGUUUACCAUGCUGGUUUUCAGAAUCAUGGGCUAGACACUCAUAAAGAAGCACUUGCAGACGAGAGAUUUCCAAGAAACUCUUCUGCAAGUGCUCUGGAUUCCAGUUCCACAAUGUUUCUUGAAGAUCCUGAACCGUAUUCCCAAGCCGAGGAAGCAUCCACAUCAGGGGACAACAGCAUGGGACCACAAGUUGGUGGCCGCUUCUCCAAAUCACCUAGUGAGAGGGAACGCAUGCUGUCACGGAGGAAAGAGGAGCUUCUCAAAAUGGCCCGCAAGAAAUUUUUGGAUAGAUCAAAAGCGGGACCUUCACUCCAAAACCUACGGCUGGCAUCGGACCUGUCGAGCAUGCCUCUCAGCCAGGCCCACCGACGAUCGCGCCAGCCUCACUUGGGAUCCUGAGGGAGGGAGACCUGCCUCUGUGUGGGUUGUGACAUCACACCCAUUUUGUACAGUCGGUCAACUGUAGUGAGACUGGUGUUCUCAUGGUCACUGUUAAAUCACGUGGACAUCGUUGCAAACAGAAGAGAGCAGUAGCCUUCUUGAAAGUCUUAGAAAGAUGCUGCAGUGAGCUUCCCCCUUUUUUUUCCCCUUCUUCCUUUUAAGUCUAAGCGUGUGCAUGUGUGUGUGUGUGUGAAAAUGUGCAUUCGAUCUUCUGGUGACGCCCUCCUGCAUACCGGCCGUUUGUGCAAAAUGAAGCAUCUUCUGACUGUGGGUGCUGCAAGUGCGCUCUCCAAAUCCAAUGUCUACAGACUCUCAUGUGUUUCCGGCAUGGUACUUGGCAACCGGGAACUUUAAAGGCAGCCAAGCCAGGACAGGUGGACAUGUCCAGUUGUGUGCUGUGCUUUGUGGGGGGCUUGGUAACCGCAUUUGUGUUCAUUUUUGCGUGGAUAUGCUCUCCUCAGCAAGUUAGCCUCCAGAUUGGACACUAGACUUCUGACUGUCAAGAGAUUUUCUUUAUGCACACUAUUGGCUGUGCAGAUCUGCACGUACAAAGAAGGCUUAUGUUUUUUCAUUUAUUUUAGGGGAAAAUUAUUCAGUAAUGAUGGCAUAGUAGCUAGCUACUUUCAUGGGCAGUUGCCUACUUGUUUCUGGUAAUGCACCACUAAUGCCUACACGUGCAACAGGAAGUCUUCGAAGACAGUGCUUCACAAGCGUUGUUCAGUCUCCUGGAUCAACACAUGCAAAAAAUUUGUCUAAAUUAAGACUUGUACCAGUAACUUGCUGUUUGUAAUACAUAGGAUUUCCUUGCAGAAGUUCUUGUAUUAAAGUACAUUAUUUCAGCGUAUUUGCUUGGUCUUCUGAAGCCUCAGUCCUUCUAAGCUUUGUCUUUUUUACAUUAUAAUGAAAUGCCUUGUUUAAUAGACUCUUCCAUUAUCCUCUGGCAUUUUGUCGGUCCUUCACAUGCAUUCACCAAUUUACCUAUUUCCCCCAGUUUAGUGCCACAUUUGCUUUUGUGGCUGUUGUGCAACACAGCUGUCUACCUUAUAUGUAUUGUUGAACAAACACAAGAACAAAGAAGCAUUUUAGAUGUUUGUUUAGAGUUGGAUUAAUAAGCACCAUGUUAAGUAUUAAGUACACCAGAAAGGCAGGAAUUACUUUUAUUUUUACUGCUUCUUAUGAAGCAACCUAGUUUUCAGUCUUGCUGAAUUAAAGCUUGACUUUGUGCAAGAAAAAGCAUGUGUACUUAAUACAUUGCAUAUUACAAAUUGUAGACCGGGUAGAGGUAAGUGCUUGUGCUAUUUGAAGAAUUCUGCAGCCUAGACAGUCUGAAGUAAACAUAACAAUGGCACCAAACGUUGUGCCAAAGCUUUAAAAAAGUGUUGUCAAGCAAUCUGCUCAGUUAUUCACAAUUUAUGCCAUUUUUAUUUUUUUUUUAGUGAGGACUUCAUGUGUUUGCUUUGACAAAGAUAGUGCAUCUUAUUUCCAGCCACAUCUCUUCUCAGCUUGUCAUGUCUGCUUUGAAAUCAAAACCUAACUGCUAAUGAACGAUGCUACUUACUUGCAGUACUGUCCACUGUGUACCUUUAGUGAUUGACUAUCAUACUUGUCAGACGAACGGAAGUUUACUUUUUAUUUUAAGGCUGCAUAGGGUAUGUGAGGGUUGUUAGUGUGUUUACCAGCCAAAGAUAUGUGCUUGCAAUUCAACUAUGGCAUGAGAUAUGGUAGAGUACUUUGCUACUGGCAUAUUCAGAGACCUUGUGAAUCAACUUUUUUUUUUUUACACAUAUAGUUGUACAUGUAUUUAUGUUAUUGUCUGUACAGUGUUUUUACCAAUGGCUUAAGUUAAAGGGCAAACACAUUACUUUCAUCAUAGCUUUUUGUAAAUCUUGCUUCUCUGAAAAGUGAAUAAAGUUGUUGCUCAAAGUAAA